UCGGUCGCGAGUUAGAGGUCACGCUAGACGAAGUAGAGAAGUUGUGAGAGUUUGACCUAUAUUUCCUUUAAAGAAGCAUCAGAUUUUAGUCCUACUGUUUGUUUAUGAGAAGAACCAAGAUGCUAAACCUGCGGAGAGUCCUGUGUAGUGCUGUCAGCAGACAUGACUACACAAGUCUAAGGUCCGCCAGUUCCCUGAAGACCUAUAUGGCUACCAAUGAGCCUGUCUUGGAUUAUGCCCCUGGUAGUGGGGAGAGAAUGGCGCUGGAGGACGCCUUGAGGUCCUACGAGGGAAAAAUGACAGAGGUUCCUGUGAUCGUUGGAGAUGAUCAGCAUUUCACGGAUGAGUUUCGUUAUCAGCUCUGUCCAGCUGAUCACCAACGACAGGUGGCUAAGUACCAUUUUGCAACCAAAGAGCUGAUCCAGAAAGCCAUUGACAUCAGUCAGAAAGUACGACCAGCCUGGGAGAAGAAACCACUGGAGGAGAGGGCGGAGAUAUUUCUAAAAACGGCAGAUCUCAUGAGCACCAAGUACAGAGCUGACAUGAAUGCUACUUCCAUGAUUGGCCAGGGUAAGACAAUUAUCCAAGCUGAAAUAGAUUCUGCCUGUGAAUUAAUUGAUUUUCUCAGGUUCAAUGUUCAGUUUGCCAUGGAUAUGGCCAAGUACCAACCAGUAUGCACACCAACAGAUACAAAUUACCUGAGCUUCCGAGGAUGUGAGGGAUUUUGGGCAGCCAUUACACCUUUCAACUUCACGGCCAUUGGUGGUCACUUGCCAAGUGCUCCAGCAUUCAUGGGUAACACGGUGCUAUGGAAACCAGCUGGCACGGCCGUUUUAUCAAACUACACGUUCUACAAAAUAUUACGAGAGGCAGGUCUGCCCCCUGGUGUCAUAAAUUUCCUUCCGUCCUCGGGUCCUGUAUUCGGAGAAACAAUUACCUCGUCACCACAUCUUGCUGGCAUCAAUUUUACUGGAAGUGUUGAGACCUAUCAAAGGGUGACUGCCAUGGUCACGAAGAAUCUCCAUCUCUACAGAACUUUCCCAAGGUUAAUAGGGGAAUGUGGAGGUAAGAACUUUCACCUAGUCCAUCCCAGCGCAGACAUUACACAGGUCGUAUAUCACACAAUAAGGGCAGCGUUUGAAUACAGUGGUCAGAAAUGUUCCGCCUGCUCGCGUCUCUAUGUUCCCCACUCCUUGUGGCUGCAGAUUAAGGACAUGUUUGUAGAGGAGUACAAGAAGAUAAAACUGGGUUCCCCACUGGAAUUUGAUUCCUUCUUAAGUGCUGUGAUUGAUAAAGCUUCAUUUCAGAAUAUUAAGAGUUACCUAGACUAUGCAAAAGAAAACCCUAACCUGAAUAUUGUGGUGGGAGGAGUGUGUGACGACAGCAAGGGAUGGUUUGUUGAGCCAACAAUAAUUGAAACUUCAGAUCCCAAGGACAAACUAAUGCAGGAGGAAAUCUUUGGUCCAGUGUUAACAGUAUAUGUGUACCCAGACAAGAAAUGGGAGGAAACGCUGCACUUGGUGGACACCACAUCUCCCUUUGCUCUCACAGGCGCCAUAUUUGCCCAAGACCAAUCAGUAAUAGAAGGAGCUCAGUGGGCUCUGAGGCAGGCCUCUGGCAACUUUUAUGUCAAUGUCAAGUGCACUGGUUCAGUGGUUGGGCAGCAGCCUUUUGGAGGAGCAAGGCUAUCAGGCACCAAUGACAAGGCCGGCGGACCCCAGUAUCUGGCCAGGUUCUGCUCACCUCAGGCUGUCAAGGUGUCAACACAGAACAUCCCUCAUUGGUCAUAUCCUUCUAUGAGGGUGUAGUAACUAUAACAACAUGACCUUAUUGCCAUGGUGAUCUUAGAGUCACUUGGCAACUUGGAGGACUUGUUACCAUGACAACGGUAUGCUAAUUACUGUUUCAGCAAUAUGAUAAUUGAGACAGCUCAGUGAAUCUCUUCCUCGCUGAUGGUGAGAAUUAACCCCUGGAAAUACAUAGGUCUGAGGUACAUACCCCAGUACAAAAAUGUAACUUGCUUAUUGGCAUAAUGCAAAAACAAUGCAAAAUGAUUUGGAGGAAGAGCUGGCAUGAAAAAAGUUUGAUCUUUUCUAUGAAAAGUAUGGAAGUAUGUUCAACAAACAAACAAACAAACAAACAAACA